AUGACGCCCGUCAAGUUUUUUCACACGACCUUCUACGCCAAGCUCUUUGCGCGCGUGCCGAGCGCCCGGCGCCUCUUCCGGUCGUCCAUGACGCUGCAAGGCAAGUCCAUCACGGGCAUGGUGCACACGCUGGCGACAUUGAUCCGGUCGCAUGACGUUGUCGAGACCGCCCAGCGCCUCGCCACCAUGCACGCGAGUUACGGCGCAUGCAAAGAGCACUACGCCGACGUCGGUCUCACUUUGCUCGAGACGCUCGAAGCGGUGAGUGGUCCGGUGUGGUCGGAGCAGAUCAAGACCGCGUACCUCAACGCCUACUGUUUUGUCUACUAUCUGAUGCUGCCUGUGAUCUUGAGCACGCCCGUGACGCCGCUGGCGCCGAGCGUCGACGCGCACAUCGUAGCGACCGACGCCAUCGCAUCCAACGUCUAUCGGCUGCGGAUUGCGGUCGACUUACCACUGCGGUACCACCCGGGCGACGCAGUUGUCGUUGGUGUCCCGCUCGCGAUCGGAGAGGUCCGCGCAGUGGUUGCGCUCACGAGUCUGUACGACGCAAACUCGCGAGAGAUCGAGGUGUGCGUGGAGAACGUCGACAAGGUCUCCGAGUGGCUCUGCAAUGCCCCGUUGCAGUCGACGUUGCAAGUCUUUUGGGUCGUCUCGAGCCUGCACUGGGAGCUCGACACGCCGGCGUUCUUGCCUCGGAAGGCGCUGUUUCUGAGCCAAGGCGCGGCCGGCGCACCCUUCUUUGCGACCGUGCGCGCCCUCCACGCUGCGUCGAUCGACUGCGACGUGCUCUGGUUGCAGAGCGGUUCUGAGUCCAUACCGUAUUUCGAGCACCCGUUCGACGACAUCCCGUGGGCUCGGUGCCAAAUUGCACUUGUCGAUGCACCCACCGCGCUUUGUAGCUAUGACGUGGCAGGCUGGCAUGCCUACAUUGCUGGAUCGACUGACUUUGUCGAGACCAGCACGCAAAGCUUUGUGCAAGCCGGUGGCAGCGUCAGCGAGAUCGACAUCUAUACGCUUCACACGGCGGAAUUCGAACUCGACGAGAUUUGUCAUAGAAGUACUAAUUAA